AUGGCCCGCGGUGCUUCAGCUUGCUUGCAGGGGCACGGUGCUUGCUGGAGUGCGAUGUAGAUUCGAACGCACAUCUGUCGGAGCAGGCUCACGUACCAUAAGCGUAAUUAUGGAGUCGUGUUGCCGCGUUCGUUCCUGAUCUGGGAAGCACAGCGCAACCGUCCUAGCCCUCCGGGGAGCAGCCGUGCAGAUAGCAAAUACCUGUGAUAGAAUGGACCAGACAGACUGACGGGCCCUGAGUGGCGGCGGCCUGCCCCCAUCUGGGCAGCCGGCCGGCUGCGGCCUGGCCAGCCUUGACGGGGCCCUCGACGGCCUGGCUUUAGUCUAUGAGCCUUCCACACGGCUGCUGCGACGAGCUCCCGCUGACGGACCAUCAGACUCCGUCUCUCUCACCAGCGGCUCUUCAGUCAGCACCGACUUGUCUGUCUCCGAUGAGGGUGCCAGGCAGCAUGGCCGUCUCUCUACCAUUAAGGGUCUGUUGGCAUGGAAGUCCAAAAGUGCUGGGGAUGAACGGGUGCCUUCACCCAGGGACCCAUCACCCACUCCAUCAAAGCAGAGCACAGACGGCUGUGUGCCGAGCUCAACCACCGCACUUAUCCUGGAGAAACGGCCAUCAAAUUUGCCAGCCAAGAAUCCAGAGGAGGAACAGAAACACAAGCAAGAGUACGAAGAGAUGGUGAAAGCUGCCCGUAAGAAAGAGUUAAAAGAUGCUCGUGCCCGCAAGAAGCAGAUGGAGCAGCAGUGGAAGCAAGAGGAACAACUGGCGCAGGCCACACGUAUUUGGGUGUCGGAGCUGCUACCUUGUUGGGAAGUGGCACGUAGCCAGCGGCGCACACGAGACCUUUGGUGGCAGGGCCUUCCACCAAGUGUGCGAGGCCGUGUCUGGAAGCUGGCUAUUGGCAACGACUUAAACAUCACAUCUGAGUUAUAUGAAAUAUGUGCCUCACGCUCACGAAAAAUCUGGCGCAGUGAGGCCGUUCCCGAGGAGCCUUCAGCUUUGCACACACGCGAGCAGUCGGCACACCUUAUCCGACUGGAUGUGUCACGCACAUUUCCACAACUGGGCAUCUUUCAGGAGUCAGGCCCUUACUUUGAUGUCCUGCACGUUAUCCUCGGUGCUUAUGUGGUCUACCGGCCAGACAUUGGCUAUGUACAAGGCAUGUCCUUCCUGGCUGCCAUGCUGCUGCUCAACCUGGAGGUGGCCGAUGCCUUCAUCUGCUUUGCUAACCUGCUCAACAGACCCUGUCAGCUGGCAUUUUUUCGUGUAGACCAGCCUCAGAUGACUGCCUAUUAUACCCUGUACGAUGACUUCUUUCGCGAGAACCUGCCCAAGCUGUAUGCACACUUCAAGAAGCACAACCUUACUUCAGACCUGUACCUGGUUGACUGGAUAUACACGCUAUACAGCCGAUCCCUGCCCUUGGAUGUGGCUUGCAGGGUGUGGGAUGUCUUCCUGAGAGAUGGUGAAGAGUUCCUCUUCAGGUCUGCACUUGGCAUUCUGCGGCUGUAUGAGGAGGUGCUAUUGCGACUCGAUUUCAUCAACCUGGCCCAGUUUUUGACCAAGUUGCCAGAGGACAUGAGCUCUGAUGUAUUAUUCGAUGCGAUAGGUGCCAUUCGCAUGACUGUGAACAAGCGAAAUUUCGCACAGGUUUUGGCCAAGCACAGAGAGUUGGCUGGGUGAUAUGGAGGGCAGCUUGUACAUUUGGAAUUUAGAGUAUGUUGCAGAAAUGAGCACUGUUCUGAAUACAUCUUUGCAAAAUCAAGAGGAACACAGUGGCAUGUCGCACACUUUUUUUUCCUAUUAGCAACCUCUUUUCUUUUUUCUGUUAUUAUUAUUCCUGCUUUGUGCUAGAUCGUUUUGUUUGUGGUAGAUGUCGACUGGCUCGCUUAUGUGUAGUGUCCAGUUCUAGUCAAUACUCACAACCAGCUGAAACUAAGAGGGAAAUCUUGAGCAAGGAGUUAUUAGAGUCUUGCUGAAUCUGUGUUGUGGCGACCAUUGCCGAGUGUAGAGAAAACUUGUGUUGGUCAUCAUGAGUGUGUGUCAUCAUGGGUGUAGGCUGGCUAGAGCUGGGGAGUGUUGGUACUAGGUGUUUUGCGUGGCACUGUCCAAAACACAUCAAAGCAGAAUAUGGCCACAUAGAAGUUCUUACAGCAAGUGCAGCGUCUUCUUUUUUUUUUUUUUUUUUUUUUUUUGGUACUGCAUCUGUGCUGUACCAAGAGUUUCUGACUAAAUGUGGGCUCUUCGUCAUAACUAGUUUUCUAUUGCCAACUUUUGCUUCUGGUGACGUCACUCUGGGGGCAUAUUAAUAAACUCAUGUGAUGCUAGCAGGCCAGUAGCAUAACGUAAGUUCUGGAUGGUUCCAACUAGAGAACAGUGCUGUCAGCCUGUGGGCCUGUAAAGGUCACUGUUGCUGGGCGUCCCUUCAGAAGGAAUGCCUUGCAUACAAUUUUUUUCAGUAUUUAUACCAUUCCACGUGUGGCAGGGUAUGUUGUGUUGUUUCCAGAAGGCCAGAUUCUGUAAGCAGCAAGGCUGCAUCUGUUCCAUACCAUGGUAUGCAAUCUAGCUGGUGGAAAAACUGUUCCUCUCUAAGGCAAGACAAAGUCUUCCAUCCAGCUUGGUGUAUAGGAGGUUUAAUCUCUCUGCAAGCAGUGAGUGGGGCUAGUUGUUGAAUCUGAUAUGCAAUAUUCUGCCCUGUACAAUAUUCUGCCCUGUACAAUAUUACUCUUGUCACCCCAUUGUAACACAUCUCUAAUAAAUUAUGUGGCACUGUUGCCCACUUAUGUGUACAGUUAGAUUGGGUGUUUUUAUGUCCCAUUUUUUUAAUUGUACUGCAAACAAGACAUGAUUGGUUCAUAUCAUUUAAUACAUUUUUUUUUCACUCACAUGGAAACAAUGUGCAUUGUUUCUCAACUGUGCAAAGUUGCCCAUUAGCAAAUGUAUACAUUAUGGUGGUUUCUUCUGCAGGCUUAGUUUACAAAAUCAAGGACGAAUGGGACACACACUUGUAUAGAAAUGCUUAGGUUCAUGCAUGUGGAAGAAAUGUACAAAUAUGUAUAAAAAUAAAUAAGCCUUCUGUACAUGCA